UGAAAAUCGGGGGAAAUAUAAAAGAAGGAAAAACGUAGACAAUACAAAAACCAUGCUAACCGCUCUUUCCUCGCUUCUCUCUCUUUUUCUCUUUCUAUGUCGCUCGUUCGUUAUCAUCAGAGAGAGGAUUAUGAUUCUAUCUCUGAAUCUCUGUGGCGCAAGAGUUCAUUGGUUCAGAACCUUCACAUACCUUAAGGUAUCUCCGUUAUCAUUAUUCCAAUCGCUAAUUUAUUAUGUCAAGAUGAAUUGUGCAUAACCUCCGUCACUAUUGACAUCGGCAAAGAAAUUCUAGGGUUUGAUUGCAGUAGCCAAUUGGGCAAUAUAGUAUGAUUAGGUUUGAAUGUUUUCGGGGCUUAUGAAAUUAUAUGUCGAGGGGAACAGUAAAGAAAUUGUGACAAAAAGAUGGCUGAAAAUGAAACAAAGAAAAAGGUUAUCUUUGCAGUUGGGAAUAAGAGAAUUAUCUUCUCUGAUUCUGCGUUUCCCACUUUCGCUGAAGAACUAGAGUCUUUAUAUAAAGAUGAAGAUCAUCAUGAUGAUGAUGGAAACGAAUCCGACCCACCUUCAGCCAAAGCCAGCACUACAUUACCGGAUUCCAAUUCCAACUCUUUCUUUUCAUCAUCUUCCAAAGCCAUCCAUUUAGAUUCCGAUUCCGACAAUCAAUGGCAUGGAUUCUUGAAAAAAAUCAAAAAAGGGUCAACCUCAUUCCAUCCUAGCCUGCAUUCCAUUAAGAAACUAACAAGGAAAAAAAGCAGGAAAUUGAGUGAAUGCAUACCAGACCUACCUCAAAUUAACAUGGAUGCUGAAUUGCAUUGUUUUGAAGCAUCAUGGAAAAAUUUCUCACUUGAAGAUCUUGAAUCUGCAACCAAUAAUUUUAGCCGUGAAUACUUAAUCGGAGAAGGAGGGUAUUCAGAAGUUUACAAGGGUCAUUUAGAAGAUGGGCAACUUAUAGCAGUGAAAAGACUAACCAGGGGUACACCUGAAGACAUGACGUCAGAUUUUUUAUCUGAAUUGGGAAUUCUUGUUCAUGUCAAUCAUCCAAAUAUUGCUCAUAUCAUUGGCUAUGGGAUUGAAGGGGGCAUGCAUCUUGUUCUUCCUUUGUCACAUCAUGGAAGCUUAGCAUCUCUUCUUAGUGGUCAUAAUAAUCAACUGGAAUGGGGAGUGAGAUUUAAUAUAGCCAUAGGAGCUGCUUCAGGUCUUUCAUAUCUUCAUGAGGGUUGUCAACGGAGGAUUAUUCAUAGGGAUAUUAAGGCAGCUAAUAUUUUGCUUUCAGAGGAUUUCGAACCUAAGAUUUCUGAUUUUGGGUUGGCAAAAUGGCUACCUGAUCAAUGGAUGCACCUCACUGUAUCACAACUCGAAGGGACAUUCGGUUACCUUGCUCCCGAGAUUUUCAUGAAUGGUUUAAUUGAUGAGAAAACCGACGUGUAUGCUUUUGGAGUACUUUUGUUAGAGAUUAUCACUGGACGCCCUGCUGUCGAUGAGUCACAACAUAGUCUCGUUAUGUGGGCUAAACCAUUAAUCGCUUCAAAAAACUUUCAAGAGCUUCUUGACCCACAACUUUCUGGUGCUUGCGACUUGGACCAGUUAAAUUGCAUUGUGUCAAUUGCUUCCCUAUGCAUUAAUCAUAUCCCAACCGAACGUCCUAAAAUGAGCCAGGUUUAUAGGAUGCUAAAUGGCGAUGAAGGCAUACUUAAUAGCAAAAGAAGGUUUCUAAAGAGGACUGCCUUUAGAAGGGGGUCAUCCGUGGAGCUAUAUGCUGAAGAUUAUGAUCCAGAAGACUUAUUACAACCAGAUGAUUUAAAUCAACAAAACCAAAUCGCAUUGGAGCUUUAG